CUGAAAAAGCACCCAACCUAACUUCUCUCUCGGGUUUUAACCAAUCUCGCCAGAUCUGACUCCCACCGCUAAGCUCUCUUCUCCGAUCGCCUUCUAGGUUUGAUUCUUAGAGACGAUGGUGUCUGACGCGAGCAAGAAGAAGGCGGCUCAGAAGAAGGCUGCGGCGGCGGCCAAGAGAGGUGGCAAGGCAUCGGCGGCGGCUUCUUCGAAGUCAGCGGCGGAGUCGCAGAAUGGAGCUGAUAAGCUCGCUAAUGGUGUCGAGUCGAUGAAGAUAUCGGAUCGGAAUUGCACCGGCGUGCUUUGCUCUCACCCUCUUUCCAGGGAUAUCCGGAUUGAAUCUCUAUCUGUUACUUUCCAUGGGCACGAUUUGAUAGUUGAUUCUGAACUGGAGCUUAACUAUGGCAGACGUUAUGGUUUACUUGGGCUGAAUGGGUGUGGUAAGUCUACUCUGCUUACUGCAAUAGGGUGCAGAGAGCUCCCUAUUCCAGAGCACAUGGAUAUCUUUCAUCUCAGCAGAGAAAUUGAAGCGUCAGACAUGUCUUCACUCGAGGCUGUCAUUAGCUGUGAUGAGGAAAGGAUUAGAUUGGAGAAAGAAGUUGAAGAAUUGGCAGCUCAGGAUGAUGGAGGUGGAGAGCAGCUUGAACGUAUUUAUGAGCGUCUUGAAGCUUUGGAUGCAGCAACUGCAGAGAAGCGGGCUGCUGAAAUUUUAUUUGGUCUCGGUUUUGACAAACAGAUGCAAGCAAAGAAAACUCGAGAUUUCUCUGGUGGUUGGAGGAUGAGGAUUGCACUUGCACGUGCUUUAUUUAUUAACCCAACGAUCUUGUUGCUUGAUGAGCCUACCAACCAUCUUGAUCUUGAAGCUUGUGUGUGGUUGGAGGAGACUCUGAAGAAAUUUGAGCGCAUCUUGGUUGUUGUUUCACAUUCUCAGGAUUUUCUGAAUGGUGUUUGCACAAAUAUCAUUCACAUGCAGAGCAAAAAACUAAAGAUUUACUCUGGAAACUAUGAUCAGUAUGUCCAGACACGUUCAGAACUGGAAGAAAACCAGAUGAAACAGUACAAGUGGGAGCAAGAACAGAUUGCUAACAUGAAAGAGUAUAUUGCUCGUUUUGGUCACGGGUCAGCAAAACUUGCUCGCCAGGCACAAAGUAAAGAGAAGACACUAGCUAAGAUGGAGCGUGGUGGGCUUACAGAAAAGGUGGCCAGAGACAAGGUCUUAGUCUUCCGUUUUGUUGAUGUGGGAAAGCUGCCACCACCUGUACUGCAGUUUGUUGAAGUCUCAUUUGGUUACACUCCUGAUAAUCUGAUCUACAAGAACAUUGACUUUGGUGUUGAUUUGGAUUCGCGUGUAGCUCUUGUUGGCCCUAAUGGAGCCGGAAAGAGUACUCUCCUGAAGCUGAUGACAGGGGACUUGACUCCUCUUGAUGGCAUGGUCCGGAGGCACAAUCAUCUCAGGAUUGCUCAAUUCCACCAGCACUUGACUGAAAAGCUUGAUAUGGAGUUGUCUGCCCUCCAGUUCAUGAUCAAAGAGUACCCUGGUAAUGAGGAAGAGAAGAUGAGGGCUUCAAUUGGUAAAUUUGGACUAACAGGGAAGGCACAGGUUAUGCCAAUGAGUAAUUUAUCAGAUGGGCAGAGGAGCAGAGUGAUCUUUGCUUGGUUGGCGUUUAGGCAGCCUCAGAUGCUUUUGUUGGAUGAGCCGACUAAUCAUUUGGAUAUCGAGACAAUUGACUCACUGGCUGAGGCACUGAAUGAGUGGGAUGGCGGUCUGGUUCUUGUUAGCCACGAUUUCAGGCUCAUUAACCAGGUUGCUCAUGAGAUUUGGGUAUGUGAAAAUCAAGCAGUGACCCGGUGGGAAGGUGAUAUUAUGCAAUUUAAGAAUCACCUAAAGUCGAAGGCUGGUUUAGGUGACUAAGAAUGCAGCGGCUGCUGAUAAGUUUCUCAUAAGUUUUGUAGUAGUUAAUUUGUUGACCUUGCUUGCUACAUAUGGAUGAGACACUGUAGUGAGGGUACUAUCUUUUCUGAGCUACAUCUUCUCAGAGUGAACUAUGAUGAAACCAAGAGCAUAAUUGGCAAAGAAGGCUUGGUUGUUGUUUCGAGCCGUGGCAGUUUCUAUGCCCUAGCCCAGUUUGUGCAGGGGUUAUUUUUGUUGUUUUCGUUUUGCAUGUUUCAUUUGGUAGUCUAUUUUACUUGGUUAUUAACCAGGUCGAUUAAGUUAUACUUAUAUUUUAGGUAGAUACAAUGUCUAUGAGGCUUGGUCUAUUAUCUGAAAUGCUAUAUUGUUGUACUUGCGUAUUCUAUAAUAUGAAGUUUCUAUUCCAUUUUUCUCA